CACAUCAGCUCUGAGAUCUUCAAGCUCUACAGAACUUCUACAGACUCUUUCUGUCAUUGUGAAGAAACAUCUUGAAGAAUGAGAAGCCUGAUGUGUUUGCUGUUCCUGGUGAUCUUCUGCGCUCUGCAGAUGACUUCAAACGCUACCUCUUCAAUUGAUUUGGCAAACUCAAUCUGUUGUGGAGAGUUCAGUAAAGUGAAGGUUCCUGUGAAUAAGGUGGUGUCUUACUAUUGGACCAGCAGCAUUGUCCCACACCACUGUCCCAUACGCGCUAUUGUGUUUAAGACAAUUGCAGGGAAAGAGUACUGUGUUGAUCCAAAGACCCCCUGGGUGAAGAGUCAUGUUGAUAAAGUGGACAAAAGAACAACAACUGCUACUAAAGCAUAAACUCAGAGUCUCACAGUCUAAAAGAAGCUACACUGUUUCUAUUUAAAAUGUGCAUUUCAUAUUGUAUAUUUAAACAUUGUGCUAUUCCCAUUGUGUAUUUAAAAUAUAUAUAUUUUUUUA